AGACAAUUGACUCACUUCGAUCCCUAUCUCGCUGGCUGAUGACGUGUGAAGGUCCAUGCGCAUGCUGCACACGUCCAUCUCCAGGUGGGUUGUGUCUCACGAGCAAUCUCACCGCAGCGUGAAUACACAGGUGGAAACGGGCCGCAAACUGGCGGAGACAUUGCAUGUAGAUAAGUCUAUCGCACAUCACCACACGCAGCACAUGCUAUCGUCCGCACACAGACAUAUGUACAGUCGCGGCAACAGGCAGCAGUCAGCGGUCGGCUAGUGGUGCUGCACCUCCCCCUUGCUGCCCAUCUUCUCGUUGGUGUUCAUUCGGGCGUACUUGUGAGCAAACGGUGAACCUGACGGCAUAGAUCGACAUGAGGAGCCGGAGCCUUGGAGCCAGACGAAUGAAGGAAGGCUUGCCUGCUUUGACGGCCCCGAUUUUCGCGUCAAAGGAGUCGUUCUCGGCGUACAGGUAUCUGCCAAACAAAGAGACAAGACGUGAUGAGGUCUCAAUCUGCUCGCAUCUCCACGUGUGGCUUACAAUCGGAAGACACAGCAGAUAAUGAGCGCACUCGCAGCUAAUGCAAUGCCCCAGAAAAAGACGCUGCAAGAGAAAGGGGGACAGUGCACGUCUCAUGUGUGUUCUUCGCUGUCUUCCUUUGUGCUCACCCUGGGGCUGUGACGGCUUUCGAAACCCUGCUGAGCAGACAGGACCGUAUACACAGACCAUUCAAGAGACACGUGAGCGAGUGAGGGUUUCCAUCGGCUGACCUGACAGCUGGCUUCCUGCACGCCUUGACCCAGGACAGGUCGAUCGACUGGUAGUCCUCCAGGUGGAGGGAGAGCGUCACGCGAGAGCUGCCGGCUGCCAGAGCGGGAAACAAAUGAACAUCAAGGGUGGGGAUCUCACACGAAAGAGCAUUACCUGUUUUGCAGACAUAGUAGAGACGAAGUAGAUUCGGGCUUGCGCCGAUUGACCGUCUGUUCGCCGAGAUGUACAUGAGGAAAAGGAGAUGAAGUAAGGCGAGGGAUCGUGGGAGUGCUGUGGGUACCUCAUGCUGAUUUGUCUGGCUUCCUCGAGGCUCUUCGGCUGGCUGCCGCCAAAGCGAAUGUCCACCACUUGACGAUCAAAACUCAACUGGCAAGAAGCAAGCAAAGAUAAAUGGGUGACGCAGUGCUCUCUCAUCUCAUUGUUACCUGGGGUGGCGGGUAUAGGGCUGGCAGGUCUUCGCCAAACGGUGCCUUGAGGGUGAUUGACGAGCAGCUGCGUCUCUCGUCCACCUGGAAUGCAUCCUUCUUGGGGUCAGCCGUCACGGAAAAGGUCGGACUCACACUCCCCUGACAUCACGCACACAUGGAUCGACACGAUUCAUUGACAGUCGUUUGCCCACCGCGGUCACAGCUUGGGUUGCCUGCCCUCUGGGCCGUCCGAACAUACACGCCUGAAUCAAUACGUCAAGAUUGUGGGCCUUCGGCGGGACGCAGUGCUUCGACCAUCUGGGAGACACAACAAAGGCACGUCAAUGGACGGACGACACACGCCAGGCUCCCAUUGAUGUUCUUCUGUUGGUCGUUUGGUUACGCGAUAUGAAUGGUCUCGUCGGUGAGGUGUUUGGUGAGCUUGAGGGUCACUUCUAUGGGCUGUUCGCUCUUGGUGUGGCACGUGUACACAACAGACAAAGUCUCCUUCGAGAUGUCUGAGACCUGAGCACAGGAGGGGAAGAAGAAGAAGAUGCAUGGAAGACCAGUGCACUGUUUGCCCGUCCGCCUUUCCUCUUACUUCGAUGAAGUCCGUGUAUGCGAUGGAUCCUCUGAUGUCGACCGUCAGGCCCUCUGGAUAAGACGACGUCACGACCGGCCUGCAGACGAAGCAACAGGCGUCGCUUUCUGGUCAUGAGAUCGCCAUGUGCCACGUGUGGGUCACUUUGAGAAGAGGACGGAUCCAGGCCCGCUGACCCACAGGUUGAAGUUGGUCGCCACCUGCUUCGUCGGCACGCCGCCCUCUGAUGUAGGAAUGCAGGCGAGGGGAGAUGGGUGUGUGACAUUCACGGACACCCAGGGGCUUUGUACCUUCGUGGUCUUCGAGCCAUUCUUCGUUGGUCUCGCCUUUGUCAAACACAUAGCGAUUCUCGCUGUCGGCGAUCUACAACAGGGGUAUAGAGGCACAAUGGCGACCUGUCUGCGUGUUGCGACUUUGUUGCGACCUUCCACCCACCUGUAGCCUAUCCCAUCCCGUCUUGCACUUCUUGAUCCAUGAGAAACACACCGUCUGUUCCUUGGUCGGCUUGCCCACCUUCACAGAACAGUCGCAAAGUGAUGGCACCUUGGCAGCACUUCUCGCCCGCCUUCCCCCUUACUCACAUGUAGUGUCAUCUUAAUGCGAGCUGUCCCCUCUCUGCCACAGCCGUAGAGGACUUGGACGUCGGUCGCCAGCCCGUCAAUGAUGAGGGGGUUGUCCUGGCUAGCGUGCUCAGAAAGAUCCACCCGCAGCAGGGGCUUGGAAGCGUCAGCAGCGAUGGUGUCUUUCGCCUGGGUGUCUGGCGCCGCCUCAUCCUGACCUUGCAGUCUUCUGGCCCGGUCAUCGCCCCCAUCUCUUUGCUCAGAAGCUUCAGAGGCGGCCUCACCGUUGCCGUCCCCCUUGACUUCUUCGGCGGUUAUUUCCUCUCCCGCUGCCGCUGCGGAGGCGCUCUCGUCUUUCUGGCUGCCUGUGGAUGCAUCGCCCUCUGCUGUGGCAGAUCCAGCCUGCUGUGUCGUAUUUGCUGCUACGGGCUGCUCAGCCGUGCCUGUGACGCCGGUUUGACCACCCUGCGUUGCCGAGGAUGCUGGGUUGAAUGUGGCGGCAGGGACAUACUCCUCGACUUCGAAAUCCACCUUGAAAAUACUCACUCUGAAGGGAAAUGCACCCAUGUGAAAAAAAAGGAUGUCUGGCAUCCCAUCCUCUCUUCCGUGCUUCUCACUCACGUGAUGUCCUCGUCGUUGGACACGAUGCGGAACGCUCUGGAUGAGUAGGUGGAGUCCUCGACUUUUCCCGCGGCCACGAGCUGGUCUGUGGUCUUAAGGCAGCUAGAAGGCUUGGUUCUUUCGUCGAAGAUGACCUUGAACUGCUCUCCCAGUCCGCCUCCACCGUCGUAGAUGAUGAGGUUGGAGAGAUCUCCCUCCUCUCCUUCAUCUCCAUCCAUCCCAUCGCGCUCACGAUCCAUAUCCUCCUCAUCACCGAGGCACCCCACCACACCGAAGCCAACCAACAAAGCCACCAACGCUACGCCUCGCAUAUUCCUUCUCGGUCCUCGGAGGUGCACGAACGAGA